UACUCUUUUUCUCAUUUGUAGAACAGAGCCCUACAAUCCCUAAGAAUUAACUCCGUGUUCUUCAUGACCACUUGACCUACAAACACAAGCUGGGAGCAAAGACACCUGGAGUACAGGAUGUUCCGUCUUCGACUUCUUCCCAUGGCAGCAGGGCUGGCUGCUGCUUCGCGGCGUUACCACAGGGCACCACAUCAUCCCAGGGCCCGGAGUCGGCUCGUGCUGGCAGCUUUCAUAGGGACAACCGCAGUGACAGCGAGUGCCAAGCUCCUUUGGCAGAGGGCCUAUGCAGAAGACUCUGUGAACCGUGACUCAAGGGCAGAGCCGGGUGAGAAGGUGAAGCACCGGGAGGAAGGGGAGAGCGGCGGCGAUGAGGGCAGGAGGGCCGUGGCGUCGGGCAGUGAGCAGACUCAGCCAGAAGGGAAGAAGAAGAAGUCUUCUGGCUUCAGGGAUCGUAAGGUGAUGGAAUAUGAGAACCGGAUCAGAGCCUACUCCACACCAGACAAAAUCUUCCGAUACUUUGCCACUUUGAAAGUGAUAAAUGAACACGGUGAAUCUGAGGUUUUUAUGACACCGCAGGAUUUCGUGAGAUCGAUAACACCUAAUGAGAAACAACCAGAAAAUCUGGGGCUGGAUCAGUUUAUAGUGAAACGCUAUGAUGGGAAGAUACGGGUUAAAUUUUCAUCUAAAUUAUUAGCUGAACUCAUCCCCAACCUGCUGCCACCUGCAAUGACAGAGAAGUUGUCUCAGGAGCGAGAAAAGUUUGCUGAUGAAGACAGUAUAUUUUAUGCUCUUGGGGAAUGUGGACUCAUUUCUUUUUCAGACUACAUUUUCCUCACAACAGUCCUUUCCACUCCCCAAAGGAAUUUUGAAAUUGCCUUCAAGAUGUUUGACCUGAACGGCGAUGGUGAAGUGGACAUGGAAGAGUUUGAGCAGGUUCAGAGCAUCAUUCGCUCCCAAACCAGCAUGGGCAUGCGCCACAGAGACCGGUCCACAACUGGGAACACCCUGAAGACCGGCUUCAACUCGGCACUGACAACGUACUUCUUUGGGGCAGAUCUGAAGGGGAAGCUGACCAUCUCCCACUUCCUCGACUUCCAGCGCAAACUGCAGCACGAUAUUCUGAAGCUGGAGUUUGAGCGGCACGACCCAGUGGACGGGCGCAUCACGGAGCGGCAGUUUGGCAGCAUGCUGCUGGCCUACAGCGGGGUGCAGUCCAAGAAGCUCACUGUCAUGCUGAAGCAGCUCAAGAAACACUUUCAAGAUGGGGAGGGGCUGACAUUUGAGGAGGUGGAGAACUUCUUCACUUUUCUGAAGAAUAUAAAUGAUGUGGACACAGCGUUGAGCUUUUACCAUAUGGCUGGAGCUUCUCUUGAUAAAGUGACAAUGCAGCAGGUGGCCAGGACGGUGGCGAAGGUGGAGCUGUCAGACCAUGUGUGUGAUGUGGUGUUUGCGCUCUUCGACUGCGACGGGAACGGCGAACUGAGCAACAAGGAGUUUGUGGCCAUCAUGAAGCAGCGGCUGAUGAGGGGCCUGGAGAAACCUAAGGACAUGGGCUUCACGAGGCUGAUGCGCGCUAUGUGGAAGUGCGCCCAGGAGACGGCGUGGGACUUCACCCUGCCCCGGCCCUAACGGCACUGCCUGCGCACGCGGGCUGAACCGCUGCCGUAGAGCCGAGCCCUGCCGCCGCCUGCCACGUGCAUCUCCGCCUUUUUCUCUUGUAGGAAAGGGGACGUUUCGUGCUGCCCUCACCCGCAGGGCGGGGUUGACGCGCUGUACCCGCUCAUUCCUAGUUGCCAUUACAACCCGCACUGCUUCUC